CCUAUCUCUAUAUAUACCCUGGUGAAUCCUACCUCUAGAAUUUGUUGUAGGAUAAGAUGGGUUUUAGGGGUCAUAAGGCCGCAGCAGCUUGCUUCUUCAUCUUCCUUAACAUCAUAUCUUUCACUCAUGUUUCAUCUGAUGAUGAUCAUAAUCUUCCAAAAGCUUCUUCCUUGAAAUGCCCGAAAGAUACUCUAAAGUUUGGUGUUUGUGGGAGCUGGCUAGGACUGGUCACUGAGGUUAUUGGGACGAAACCAAGCGAGGAAUGCUGCACGCUGGUGAAAGGCCUUGCAGAUCUUGAAGCUGCUUCGUGUUUAUGCACCGCCAUUAAGGCCAACGUGUUGGGAAUUGUCAAUCUCAAGCUGCCUGUUGCCAUCACUUUGCUUCUUAAUGCUUGCGGGAAGAAGGUCCCUCAAGGCUUUGUAUGUGAAUAGAACCUCAAUCUUCUGCAUGCCUCUUGUUCUCAUUGAAUUAAAUAAAAAAAAAUUAUCUUUGUACAAGCCAAGCUAAUUAUAUUAAAUAAAAAAAUUACAUUUCUUUGGCUUUCAA